GUGCUAGGAUUGUUCACGCGCCUGGAUAUUUUCACCGUGCCACGCGCAAACAUGCCGUUACAAGAUAACAAGAUUCGUGGCACGAGAAAUGCGUAGCUUAACGGCAUUUCGGACUUUAAAUACUAGUUGCUUCUUCCCCAUUUUCUCACUUCUUCUUCACCAUUUUCAAUCUCGAUGUCCUACUGUUCUCUUUCCUUCUUCUUUUUUUUUCUUUUAUAUUUAUCCGGCCACCGUGCCACGACUGACAGCACCGGCGUGCGAGAGUACCCACCGUGACACGGCGUCCGUACCUGUGCACGACCACUUUUUUCACCGUUUCUUGUUGCUGCCAUCUGAGGUUGCCGCUGCUGCCGUCGUUUCACCGUGACACGGGGUAUCUCUACCGUGGCGCGACAUUAAGCCACCGUGUCACGGUGGUUGCGUUGGUUUCUCUACAACACUUUUGCGAUUUUUCGAGCUUUUGGAACUCAAAUCUCCACUAAAUUUGCUCCGAUUUUUUGCUAGUUUCCUCAUUUUCGAUUUCUCACAAGGAUCCAUCAUGCCUAGACAACGGGAUCGCGAUCUUUCUACUCGUGGCCGGCGUCAGGCUUUUCGGGUGGACACUCCCACAGUUCUUGAGGGUAUGGACGACGAUGCCUUAGAGACCAAGCCUCGCCCUUCUUCGAGUAGGGGCAGGUGGAUUCCACCUCCAUGGACUCCAGAUGAGUUGGUUUUCUGCCGUGAGAACCACGUUUCUCACCGUCCACUUGCCGGCAUAGUCGAUGGUACGCUUUGCCAUCAUGGAUCCGGAGUUGGAGAUUUGAUUCCCCGGAUAUAUGGGAUUAUCACGAGGGAUCCUGUUACGAAUGCCUUGUGGGAGUCUGCUGGUUUAGGAGAUUUUUAUUCGGCGGUCGUAGGAUUUCGCAGCCCCCGGGGUUAUGGCCCAACAGUUAUUCGUGCGUUGUUGGAGUAUUUUUGGGAUACUACCAACACUUUUCACUUUUCUUGGGGGGAGAUGACAGUGACCCCCUGGAUUUUAGCAUGAUCAGCGGCUUAUGCUUCACCGAUCGAGUCGUACGGCAGAUUCCUGACCUUACUUGGGGGGUGGCUGAGGUAGCAGAUUUGUUAGGUCCGGUUGUUUAGCAUAUCAAGACUCAGCCAAUGCCUCGAGGUGGUCCUAAGAGAGGGCGAUCAGAGUUGGCUUCUGUUCUGGCUUGUGGCUUUGACAUGGAUGAGACAUCACCUGAGCAGCGAGUGCGGAUCUUCAUUUUGAUUCUCAUUUCCGUGACUCUUUCUCCUGAUAGGAGUUCACGUGCACUCGUUUGCUACCUUCCUUCUUUGGUCAGGAUCGGCUAGAUAUGAUCCUAUAGUUGGGCCAACCUUAGAUAUGCCGAUCUUCUCUCGUCGAUACGUCAUGGCUGUAGGCAACUGAAUGACCAGACCCUUGUCACUGUCUACGGUUUAUGAAGAGUCGUAGAGGUGACGAUCUUUCUUCUUCUUGUUUUGUUUUCAACCUUUUUAAAUCAUGUGCUUAAAGAAUACUUUUCAUUGCACUUGUGGUUCUAUGAGUACUUUCCGAGAUUGGCCCCUCGACGGCGUCGCAGAGCGGUCCAUGAUUUCCCUGUCGGAGCUAGCUGGCGUGACCGAGGCGAGUCACGAGUGGAGUCCGUCUCUACGUUGCACGAGCUGCUACACCGAGGCACCUCUUCUGUUGGUGUAGUAAUUGAUCUUGCAGCAGUUUAUUCUCUACCUUGUUGUUAUUUUUCGGCAUUCAUUGCAACUUUUUAUGGUUUUCAGGUUGCUGUUGAGAUCUAGUAUCGGCCUUGGACUAGGAUGACUGAUCUUCCCGAGCCUUGCGGCUUUCGGCGUACGGUACUAUUUUUGUUGGUACUGGACGCUUUGCUUGGUAUCUUGGGGAGUGCGUUGUUCGUCAGCACAGCGCUGAUCGCUUUGUGGUGCCUUUGCCUCCGCCGGAGUCGAUGCUGGACUCACGUUUGCUUAGGGAGUUGAUAAAUAGGGGAUAACGCUACACUUUUUUUGGCAGGAGCUUGUGCGUAUGGAGGGAGAUUAUUCACAGGACUUGAUUCCUUCUUUGGGUCCUCCACCUCGUCUUCCCAAGCCUACGCACCCGGAAAUGAUGGGAUUCAUGAAGAUGGUUGACGCUUUAAAGUACUACAUCAUCAAGCUUCGACGUGGUGCGAGUUGUCGGGGCGGUUCUGGAGGCGUUCUCGAGGAGCGACGGAGGUCUCGCUUGCGCUCGAGGCACAGAGGUUCGGACGAGGGGGAGCCUAGUCGCCGCAGACGAUCUCUUGAGGUUCAUCGGCAUUCUCAGUCUCAGCAGCAGCCUCGGCCUUCUCACCCAUUUCAGGAGGCUUAGUGGCAACAUGCUUAGCCUUCUCAGCCAUUCCAACAUUUUCAGGGUCAGUGGCAGCGACCUUCAUCUUCCUAGCCUUCACAGCCUGAGUUCAGGCCAGUCCUUACCCCUGUGGACUAGGGUUUAUACUCAGUUUCAUUGUCUAGGGCGCUUCCUCCACCGGUGCCCGGCUUAUUUUCAGUUCAGUGUCUGGGAUGAUGCCUCCAUCGAGCUUCCUACCUCUUGGAGUCAGUCUACGUCGUUUGCUAGUUGGAAGUUUUUAUUUGUCUGCUACUAGAGCUACAGGGACCAGUAAGGAUACUACUCCUCGUACCCGGAUGAUGGAGGGACUCUUUGGUUCACCGUUCCCGUAAUCGCAGGCUGGAGAUGACACUGAUCCUCACUCUUCUAGUUCUAUAUUUUUGACCGAGGGUUUUUAUUUUGUAUUUUGGUUGAUGACACUUGACGUUGUUUAUGCAUCACAAUUUACUUUGUAUAUUUUAUUCAGAGUUUAUGCAUUUAUUAGUGUGUAGUAGUGUGUGCUUGAGACUCAUUGUGAGUGAUUGUGUAUUUAUUAAUGACGCGAAAAAAUCGUAAGUGGAGGGUACCUACCUUCCCCAAAAGAAAAAAGGAGAAUGAAAAAUGGGACAAAUUUUACAAUUUCCCCAAAAGAAAAAGAAACAAAAAAGAAAAAUGGGGCAAGUUUUAUAACUCCCCUAAAAUAAAAAGAAAAUAAAAAUAAGAUAAUAACAAUUAAUAAAGAUAAAAAAAAAAAAAAAAAAAGAUAAAUUAAAUGGAGAAUUUUAUUAGGAAUAAAACUCUCGAAAAACAAAAUUAGAAGAUAAAUGGUGAAGGGAAAACGAUAAAAAUCCGGAUAAAAAUAUGAAGACGCGUGGGCACCGCGACACAUCUAUGUACACCGUGUCACGGCAAAGCCUGCCGUGUCGCGACACUAUUUCCCGUGACACGGCGGAAUUUCCCGUGUUACAGUGCGCUUAUUCUGCAACGGUGUAGUUUGUGCACAUAGAAAGAUAGAUUUUGAGUAUUUCCAAACGUUUUGGCUAUAAAAGAGGACCAGUUUAUUCGUGAUAUGCAUAAUUACAAAACAUAAAAUAAUUAGAAUUUCAUAUUUCAAUAAUAUUGUCUCAAAAUUUUGAUAAUACAUUGCGCGACUGGUCUUAUUCUUUGACCAAUGCUGACAAAAGAGAGCUGAAAUUGUUUAAUGUCAGAGGCUUAUUAGCCUUGAGGCAUGUAGCAAUUGAACAUGAUUUUCUUAGGGCAGCUUUAGAUUAUUGGAAUCCACAAACACAUUGUUUUAAAUUUGAUUAUGAUGAAAUUUGUCCCCUGCCGGAGGAAUUCGGUGCCAUCUUUAGUUUUCCUGCCAAAAAUCUCAUUGCAAUGCCUACCCUAUGUGAGUAUUAUUACCAAGACUUUGAACGCUAUAUGAGUCUGACAGAUCCAGAUUUAAAUAAAAUUGU